AUGAAGAAAAUACAAAGAUAAGUAAAUCAGACGAAAAAAAUAAUGGAUACUUGUAAAAAAGAAAAAUUGAAGGAGAAAAGAGAAAAGAGACGCCAAGACAUCUCUCUUUUAAGUACUAUUCCUUAUUCCGAACAUCGAAAAUGGUGGUCAUCUGAUACUGUUGCUGUUGUGACGGGCGCGAAUAGAGGGAUUGGAUUUGAGAUUGCUCAUCAACUAGCAUCACAUGGAUUAACAGUAGUUCUUACUUCACGAGAAACUGGAGUUGGUGAAGAAGCAGUGAAAGUAAUGCAAGAAGGAGGUUUAAAUGUUGCAUUUCAUCAAUUAGAUAUCGUUGAUCAUGCAUCGAUUGAAGCAUUUUCUGAUUGGAUCAAAGAAACAUAUGGUGGCUUAGAUAUACUGAUCAAUAAUGCAGGAGUGAGUUUCAAUGUUGGUACAGAGAAUUCCAUGGAAAAUGCUGAAACUGUUAUCCAAACGAACUACGUUGGCACCAAAAAUAUGACAAAAGCGAUGAUUCCUUUGAUGAGGACGUCUCAUUAUGGUGCUCGUAUUGUUAGUGUAACCUCUCGAUUGGGAAGACUACAUGGAAAAAAGAAUAGAAUUACGAAUGUCAGCUUGAGACAGCAGUUGGAGGAUGUUGAUUCCCUAACAGAGGAAGUCAUUGAUAAUGUUAUGAAGAUAUUUUUGGAACAAGUAAAAGACGGUACAUGGGAGUCAGGGGGAUGGCCUCAAGUAUUCACUGAUUACUCAGUGUCAAAGGUUGCAGUGAAUGCAUAUACUAGGCUAAUGGCAAGGAUACUCGAAGAUCGUCCAGAGGGUCAUAAGAUUUACAUCAAUUGUUAUUGUCCGGGUUGGGUGAAGACCGCGAUGACUGGUUGGGCAGGGCAUAUAUCUCCUGAAGAUGCUGCUGAUACUGCAGUCUGGCUUGCUCUUCUCCCUGACCAGUUUGUAAGUGGUAAGUUUUUUACUGAAAGGCGCGAGAUAAGCUUUUAAGGUAGACACUGAAAGGUCAUUCCAGAUAGAUACUGCUUGACAGUCAUUACAUUGCUAUCUGUCUUUACCAGUUGGUGUGAAAAAGAGAAGCGUAGAUGCCCUGGUGAGUAGGUGUGAGAGGUUGGAAGUGGUAGGUGUUUGGAG